AAUUAUAACAACAGCGUUGAUGUCAGCUACAACUAUCUCUGACUACCCAUUCCGUAAUAUAUCACUGCCAUGGAACGACAGAGUAGACGACUUAGUGAGUCGACUCACCAUGGAGGAAAUUAAAGAACAGAUGUCUUGUGGAGGAAGGGGACCCAAGGGAGGACCAGCCCCGGCUAUCACUCGUCUUGGCAUCAAGCCGUAUUCCUGGAACACGGAGUGUCUACGUGGUGACGUAGAUGCCGGGAACGCCACUUCCUUCCCACAAGCCAUUGGUCUAGCGGCAACGUUCAGCCCUUCGAUCGUAUUUAGUGUGGCUGAAGCUACCGGUAUAGAGGUCCGUGCGAAGUUUAACGACUACAUGAAACACGGGCUUUAUGGAGACCACAGGGGAAUUAGCCCCGUUGUUAACAUCAUGCGAGAUCCCAGUUGGGGUCGAAACCAGGAAACCUACGGUGAAGAUCCUAUUCUGAGUGGAAUGUUAGCACAAAGUUUCGUGAAGGGUCUCCAGGGAAACAACUCCAGGUUCAUCCGGGUCAAUGCUGGCUGUAAACACUUCGAUAGGAGAUUUUGGCGAAGUCCUGGAUGCUUCCUUGAAACUCUAACAGAUAACAGCAAUUUGGAGAAAAAAACGCCGACUAUUGAUCCAUCGGUGACGACGACGCCUUUACAGAGCUUGGGUCAACUUGGCAAAGAGUUCAGCUAUGCUCCUGGUUGUGACUCUAAUGCCUGUACCAAGUACAAUUCAGCUGAGAUUGAGAAGACAGUUACUGGAGCUGAUGUCAUAUUUGCGUGUCCAAUUCUGGAACGAGAAGGACAUGAUCGGGCUGAUCUAGAAUGGCCAGGAAAACAACUUCAAGUGAUUCAAUACGCUGUCAAAUACGGUAAAGGAGCACCACUGGUCGUGUUUCUGUUCAACGCCGGACCUAUGAACUUAACUUGGGCCUACAAUAACGACGACGUCAGCGCCAUGUUUGAAGUGUUCUUCCCGGCUCAGGCGACUGGCGAGGCGAUGGGGAGAAUUCUCACCAGCCAACAAGAUGGCGACGUCCCGGCCGGAAGACUCCCCAACACGUGGCCCAAAUACAUCGAUGACGUACCGCUUAUGACAGACUAUACGAUGGAAGGAAAGACGUAUCGCUAUUUUAAAGGAGAGGUCUACUACCCAUUUGGAUUCGGUUUGUCCUAUACAAGCUUCGAAUACACCGAGAUGAUAACUCCGAUUAGAGUGAAAGAUGGAGAGGACGUUUCUGGAGAGAUCGUCGUUCAGAAUUCUGGGAAAUAUGACGCUGACGAGGUGAGGACAGAGAAUAGAGUUUGUUUAUCACGUGGUAAGUGUACAACAUAACGUCAAUGUAAACUGAUGUUUCUAAUGAGAAUCCCACGAAAUCCACAAGGUUCACAACGUAAUGGUGACAAAUAUAAUCCUUAGUUAUUAUUUUGAUGUAGCAUAGCUCACGUUUAGAAAUUGUUUCUUGAAGUUGUUUCAAACUUUACGUUUUGACAGUCUAUAAUCAAUCACUUGUUAAGAAAUUGUCUAUGUGAACAUCAUACAUCAUAACUUACUUACAUAUAGUAAAGUAAAUAUUACCUAUUGUUAUAUUCUAUAUAGUUCAGACUUGCACCCCGUGGUAAAACUCAGCUGUA